ACUUCUUCAAAACACAAGCUGGUUAAUUAGUUGCAGGUCACCGGAGAUCAAUCACAUGGCGGCRGUCAAUGGCGGAAGUGAAAGUCAACCGGCAAAACACCAAGAAGUUGGCCACAAGAGUCUCCUUCAAAGUGAUGAACUUUACCAGUAUAUUCUUGAAACCAGUGUGUAUCCAAGAGAGCCUGCACCUAUGAAAGAGCUACGUGAGGUCACUGCUAAACACCCUUGGAACCUUAUGACGACAUCUGCCGAUGAAGGGCAAUUUUUGAGUAUGCUUUUGAAGCUCAUCAAUGCCAAGAACACCAUGGAGAUUGGUGUCUACACCGGUUAUUCCCUUUUGUCCACUGCUUUAGCUCUUCCUGAAGAUGGAAAGAUACUAGCUUUGGAUAUCAAUCGUGAAAAUUACGAGAUUGGCCUUCCCAUCAUUAAAAAGGCUGGUGUUGCUCACAAGAUUGAUUUUAGAGAGGGUCCCGCGCUUCCUCUACUUGACCAAAUGAUCAACGAUGAAAAAUUCCACGGGAGUUUUGAUUUUAUUUUCGUGGAUGCCGAUAAGGACAACUACCUUAACUACCACAAAAGGUUAAUUGAUCUUGUCAAGAUUGGUGGAGUGAUCGGUUAUGACAACACCCUGUGGAAUGGAUCGUUGGUGGCGCCACCUGAAGCCCCACUUCGUAAGUACGUGAGGUACUAUAGAGACUUUGUGCUGGAGUUGAACAAAACUUUAGCUAUUGAUCCAAGGGUAGAUAUUUGUCAGCUUCCGGUUGGUGAUGGAAUCACCAUAUGUCGUCGUGUCAACUGAUGAACUUCAUGACUAAUAAGAUGAGAUGGCUCAUCGGGUCGUUACUAAUAGUAGGUGGCAUCUUCAAGAUUCUCCAAGAUUUGGUGACACCGAGUUACAUAAAUGUGUAUAAUGUUAAGAUGAUUUAAAUCGAUAAAUCAUUUUCUUUUAUGUUUUAAACGUAUUUCAAUUGUUUUACCACUUCUUUUUUACCAAAGAAAUUUGGUUUUGGUCGAAAGUAGAUGGAUUGUAAUCAAUAUGAAAAGUAAAAUUCAUACUAAAAAAUAAAUAUGUUUGUUCAUGUACU